GUAAUUAUUUUCUACAACAACAAAAAAGGACUUGGAAAAAUGGAGCUGAGAAUAUUCUUAUUGAUUGUUGUGUCGUAUCAAACAAGUGCACGUCUGGAAUUGACUGUUCAUCCUCAGACUGCUAAAUUGGGAUCCAAUAUCCUAAUCCCUUGCAAAUUUGAUGUGGGUAAACCUGUAGACUCACAAUUUCUGGCAAUAAUUUGGUACUUUCAAGGAAAGAAGAUCUUGAGCUAUGAUGAUGUUGUUAGGACAUCACAUCCUAGGUUGUCCUUAAACACAACUCUGACAACAUCUGGGGUUGCUUCUCUGUCACUUUCCAAUGUGCAAAUAUCUGACAAUGGAAUCUACAAGUGUUUAGUGGUUUAUAGUCCAGAACAAAUGGAGAAGGAAGUCACGGUUGAUGUUAAUGCACAGCCAAAGAUCACAAUACCUAACAAAGUCGUCUAUAAGGAUCAGGAAAACAUACUAAACUGCACAGUGACCGGUUUUUACCCACCAGGCAUUGAUGUUAUUUGGCUUAUAGAUGGAAAGAUUAUGCAGAAUUCACACCUAGGAAUACAGACUCAGAAUCCCGAUGAGACAUACGAUGUGAAUAGCACUGUGACAAUAAUACCUAAAGAGGGGGACAAAAAUAAGACCUUCUCCUGUAUAGUCCACCAUCCAACUCUUCAAAAGUCUAUUCAGGAAGACUUUCAGCUCAUUUACGGAGAUCAAUCAAAAACAAAUUAUUUACCAUUGAUAAUAAUUGGUGGUUUAUCUGUUUUUGUGCUACUGGGACUCGGAGUUGUGAUUGGAGUAUGGUUCAAGAGAACAAAAAACAGAAAAGAUCUGACACAUUUUCAGAUGACAAAAAUAUCACAUCCCGAUAAACUGAUUGAUGGCGUAGAGGUCACAUUGAAGUGUACUGCACUGCAAAAUAUGUCUCAAACUGUAUUUGCUUCUACUGGUAGAGAAGGUUUCUUUAUGACUUGGCUGGAGAAUAAAUCAGACAAUGAAAUAACGAUUCCAAAUUCAUCACAUGAAGAAGAAUGUGAAGAGCUGCUGAAUAUUUAUAAUGUGACACAACAAAAGGAUAUCCAAUACGCAGCUCUGGUAAUAAAGACCACCCUAACAUUUACGCCUCGUGUAAUAACGCACAAAGAUGUGAACCUUAUCUGCAGAACUAAAUGUGGUAACAAAUUCAAAAGUGAACAAUAUUCCUGCUCCGAAAAUAUAUGUGCAAUACCUCAGUUUUCUGAACCUAUAAAAACAACACUUUGUGACUGGGGAGAUAUUCAAUUUACAUUAAAACUGGAAAGGUUUUAUCCCAAAGAUAUCCUAAUCAAAUGGAGCUGCUCUCAUCUCUACAAGACAGUAAAUCAUACACAGACAUUCAAUGAAGAUCCUUCAAAUUUCACCUUUUCCGUUCAAAGUGACUGUAAAAUUCCUGGACAAUAUCUAAAAAAUCCAAACUGUAAAGUUCUUGUAACUUGGGAACACAAAUCUAUGGACAAGCCUGAAUCCAAAGAACUGGCUACUACAGAUCUUACUUGGAAACCUCAAAUAAUUGGAUUUUCUACUCACAAGCUGCCAGAUACCAACCAAGUAUCGGUGAAAUGUCAAAUCACAAACUUUUUCCCUGAUGCACUAAAAGUGACCUGGUUCAGCAAAGGCAAAGGAAGCCAGGAACUUUCAGAUGGGGAUUGCUAUAAGAUCCCUAAUAUCACAGUAGAGAAGCAAUUGGAUAAAACAUACAACUGUACAGCAUCUUUGGUUUUCACUCCGAACUCAGAACAGAAUGAAGAAUUCUUCUGCCAAUUGGAACAUCCAACUGUGAAACAGCCACUAAAACAAUGCUCGGGACCACUAAAUAUAACAGGUUAAUUAAAAAAAAAAAAACAAGUUUGGUAUAGUGUAAUUAUAAUAGAAAGGUAUCAAAUUAAGUUUACACAGUAGAGAAUGAGUUUACUUCUAAUAUUGCGGCCACACUGUGACAAACCUGUUAUUGAAGGGAAAGGGAAGUUAAAAUUUAAAUAAAAGCAUUAAGUUAAAGGGCCACUAAACCCAAAAUCUUUCUUUCAUGAUUCAGAUAGAGAAUAGAAAUUUAAACAACAUUACAAUUUACUUCCAUUUUUUAUUUUGCUUAAUUUUUUAGAUAUCCUUAGUUGAAGAAAAAGCAAUGCACAAGGUGAGCCAAUCACACAAGGCUUCUAUGUGCAGCAACCAAUCAGCAGCUACUGAGCAUAUCUAGAUAUGCUUUUCAGCAAAGAAUAUCAAGAGAAUAAAACAAAUUAGAUAAUAUAAGUAAAUUAGAAAGAUG